UGGGAAGGCCGCAUACUGCGGGGUGUGAAGGGGCCGGAGCAGCUGAAGAGUUGCGAGUCGGCGAAACCGGCGGGAAGUUCGUAUUGAGCGGAAGGCGACGGGUCUGCAGCUCGGGAAAUCCUCUGAAAAGGAACAAGGAGAUUUGAGACACAUCGAUUUCAUAUUCUCUGAAACUCGGAGACUUCUUUUACUCUGAACCAGAAAAUAAGAGGGGCUGCCAAGUGCAGUGAAGGUAUAUACAUAGAAGAGGAAUUGUUGGGUCAGGUAGCAGCUGCUGCAGAACAGAUUUCAGAAUGGCUGAAGCACUGGCCCAUGUGUGAGAACUCCACUUGCUCCACCCCCUUACCAGCGCUCAGUGCGUCAGCCUCUCGGGCUUGAGAUCUUCACAACUUCUAGGGGAUAGUGAAAAUGCCUCGUGUAAAAGCAGCUCAAGCUGGAAGACAGGGCCCUGCAAAGAGACGUCUUGCAGAACAUUUUGCAGCCGGGGAGAUAAUCACUGACAUGAACAAAAAGGAAUGGAAACUAGGAUCAUCCAUUGGCCAAGGUGGCUUUGGUUGUAUAUAUCUUGCUGAUGUGAAUUCUUCAAAAUCGGUGGGCAGCGAUGCACCCUGUGUUGUAAAAGUGGAACCCAGUGACAAUGGACCUCUUUUUACUGAAUUAAAGUUCUACCAGCGAGCUGCCAAACCAGAACAAAUUCAGAAAUGGAUUCGUACCCAUAAACUGAAGUACCUGGGUGUCCCUAAGUAUUGGGGGUCUGGUCUACAUGAAAAAAAUGGAAAAAGUUACAGGUUUAUGAUAAUGGAUCGCUUUGGGAGUGACCUUCAGAAAAUAUAUGAAGCAAAUGCCAAAAGGUUUUCUCGGAAAACUGUCUUGCAGCUAAGCUUAAGAAUUCUGGAUAUUCUGGAAUAUAUUCACGAGCAUGAGUACGUACACGGAGAUAUCAAGGCCUCAAAUCUUCUUCUCAGCUACAAGAAUCCUGACCAGGUGUACUUGGUAGAUUAUGGCCUUGCUUAUCGGUACUGCCCAGAAGGAAUUCAUAAAGAAUACAAAGAAGACCCCAAAAGAUGUCACGAUGGCACAAUUGAAUUCACCAGCAUCGAUGCGCACAAUGGUGUGGCCCCAUCAAGACGUGGUGACCUGGAAAUCCUUGGUUAUUGCAUGAUCCAGUGGCUUAGUGGCCAUCUUCCUUGGGAGGAUAAUCUGAAAGAUCCCAACUAUGUUAGAGAUUCCAAAAUUAGAUACAGAGAAAAUAUUGCAGGUUUGAUGGACAGAUGUUUUCCUGAGAAGAACAAGCCAGAUGAAAUUGCUAAGUACAUGGAAACAGUGAAAUUACUGGAUUAUGCUGAAAAACCUCUUUAUCAAAAGUUACGAGAUACUCUUUUGCAAGGACUGAAAGCUAUAGGAAGUAAGGAUGACAGCAAGCUGGACCUCAGUGUUGUGGAGAAUGGAAGUUUGAAAGCAAAAACAAUAACAAAGAAGAGAAAGAAAGAAAUAGAGCAGAGCACACAACCUGGUGUUGAAGAUAUGGAAUGCUCAGAUACACAGACAGAAGAGGCCACACAAACCCGUUCGAGAACCAGGAAGAGAGUCCAGAAGUAAAUCAAAUACUGUGAACCAGUUUUUCUUUUCUUCCUUUCAUUUGACUCUUUCCUUCUUUCAUUUGACUUUUCCUCUUUUUCUGUAUUAAGUGUUUUAUUUUCAUGUGAGUCUUGUGGAGUGGGGGAAACAAUGAAGUACCUAUGUCUUUGAAAAGCAGACUUUUUUUUAUUAAAUACUUUGUAGAAUUUACUAAAGCCUAAUUUAUAAAAUUUCACAGUAUUAAGGUUAUACCCUUGAAGCUGUCCCAUGCUGUGUGUUUGAGGUUCUGGGGUACAUAUAAGAAAUAUUACUAUGACAUGCACUUUUCUAAUCGUUGUAUAUUUCCUACAGUGUAUAAAAUGUUUAGCAAAAUCCUUACUUUUAAGGAAAUACACAACUUAAAAUAAAGGUCUCUUUUUGCUUGAUACAAA